AUGGAGAGAUUAUUUACGGUCAUUAUGGAGGAGAUUUCUAAAUAUAUCUGGGAGGCUGUACCAUGGUGCAUGUUAUUUGUUGACAAUAUCGUUGGGAGAAAUUUGAUAGUGGAGCCAGAGGUGACCAUCAGUGAAGAAGUUAUUGCAUGUACGACCAAAUUUAGGUAUUUGGGAUCGAUUAUUCAGAGUAAUGGGGAGAUUGAUGAAGAUGUUACUCAUCGAAUACAAAUGGAUGAGCUCAAGUGGCGAGCAGAAACUAGAGUGCUAUGUGAUAGGAAGUCUCCAAGUAGGUUAAAAAGUAAACUUUACCGAGGUGCAAUUAGACCUUCUUUGUUGUAUAAGACAGAAUAUUGGUCUGCAGAGAAGACUUUUAAACAUAAAAUGGAAGUUACGAAAUGUGUAUCCUAA